AUGGCUGUGGUUUUGUUGUUAGCCCUGAUAUCCGUCUGUUGGGCGGCGUUGCCGGUGGUUGAUUUGGGCUAUGAGCUCCACCAAGCAAAUGCAUUGAACAGCUCCCAUGGGCUGUAUAACUUCAGCAACAUCCGCUUUGCGGCACCACCAGUAGGGGACCUCCGUUUUCGAGCCCCCGUCUUGCCGAAGACCAACAGGUCGCACAUCCAAGAUGGCUCGGUUGGCCGAGUGUGCCCUCAGGCGCUGCCAAUCUGGCAGGAAGAUAUUGAGCCUGGAUUCCUUUUGAGUCUGUUGACCGGAACGAAAUUCAACAUGUCGUUGGAUCUCUCUUCGUACCCGUAUAUUCCUCACCCGGUGGAUCCCCGGACCUCCGAGGACUGUUUGUUCUUAGAUGUGAUUACCCCGAAGGAGACAUUCCAUCGUGCGCAGUCCAAGAAGAAUGGAUUCACCCCCAAAAAGAAUCUGGUCCCGGUGCUGGUGUGGAUCUAUGGCGGAGGGUUUACCGAUGGCGACAAAACCCGGUACAAUCCGAUCGGACUGAUCAAGCGGAGCAUGCAACGGAAAGAGGAGAUCGUCUAUGUCGCACUCAAUUACAGACUGGGUGCAUUUGGCUGGCUAGGUGGUAGCGGCCUAACAGCCAAUGGCACAGCCAAUGCCGCGCUCCACGAUCAGCGACUCGCUCUCGACUGGGUGUAUAAGAACAUCCACCUGUUUGGCGGCGACCCCUCCCGAGUCACAGUCAUGGGCGAGUCGGCCGGUGGCGGCUCCAUCUUGCAUCAAAUCACCGCGUACGGUGGCAAGAAAGGACCGGCUCCCUUCCAACAAGCGAUCCUGCAGAGUCCCGCCUGGCUUCCCAUCGUCUCGGAUGCACAGCAAGAGCAAACCCUGCAGCAGUUCCUCCAGGCCCUCAAUGUCAGCUCCAUCGAGGAAGCGCGUCGCCUGCCGUCAGACACUUUGAUCAAGGGAAAUGCGCUUCAGAUCGCCACACAAUCCUUCUAUGGCAGCUUCGUCUUCGGGCCUGUGGUGGAUGGGACGUUCGUGCCGGCCAUGCCGGGACAGCUACUGCUGUCGGGCGACUUCGAUCAAGACCUCAAUAUCAUGGUCGGCCACAAUGCCGAUGAGGGCCUCGCAUUCACGAGCCCUAAUGCGACUCAGAGUAGCUAUCUUGCGACGAUGCUGAAGCAGAUGUUCCCAUCCAUCCAGCCCAAUGUCACUCGAUACAUCACCGAGGUCCUUUACCCGGCCAAAUAUGACGGGAAAUGGGGAUACACCAACCCGCUCGCCCGCGCCGCGCUGACGCUCUCGGAUGCAACCAUCCAGUGCAAUACGGACUACCUAAACCGGGCCUACCAGAACCAGACCUACGCCUACCAAUUCAGCAUUCCCCCCGCUCUGCAUGGCCAGGACGUCCUGUACACCUUCUUCGACAACAGCACCAGCACAGUGUCUUCGAACCUGGGAGUGACGGUCACCAACGCGACGAUCGCCUAUGCGAUGCAGGAUUGGUUCAUUAGUUUCGCGCACGGCGGACGCCCCCAAUCCUCGCUCGCCACGACCUUCGCCCAGUAUGGAACCCGAGGCCAGCUGAUGAACAUUGGGAACAACACCAUCACGCCGAUGCGGGACCUGACCAACAACCCGCGGUGUCGGUUCUGGCAGACGGUACCUUAUAAAUAA